AUGAAGGCGUUGACGGACAGCAAGCGACGCCUCAGCUUGUCCUCCAACUUCAAUGAUGACGACCAAGAUGAGGACGAUGAUACCAUGUGCAGCGGCACAGCCGUCAAGCGGAGCAUUGUCUACUACCUGAAGAACAGCACUCUUCAUGGGCUCAAGUACAUCGCCGAGGAGAGCAUUACCAUUCCAGAGCGGGUCUUCUUUGGGAUCGCCUUCGUUCUGGUGGUGAUCCUGUCGGGCUUCUUUAUAUCGAACGUGUACGUCAAGUGGAGCGCCUCGCCCAUCAUUAUCUCGACGAGCGCCAAGCAGAAGCUGACCAGCAACAUGCCCUUUCCGGCCAUCACCAUCUGCAACCUGAACCAGGCCCUGCUGAGCCGCGUGCAGCGCAUCUCGCGCUCCAGCAGCAACUUCUCCCUGCUGAUGGGCCUCUGCGACCAGGGCGGAGACCUGACCAUCUCCUACAUCGGCACCUGGAAGUACUUCAAGGCGAUACUGGUGGAGGUGGCCCAGCCGUGCGACGAGAUGCUGCUCUACUGCAGCUUCGGCUCGCGCCAGGAACAGUGCACCAUGCUGUUCAACUCGAUUCUCACCGACGACGGCCUGUGCUGCAACUUCAAUGCCCUGGAUCCCUCGUACCUGAUACGGAACUACAGCGACGAUGUCCGGCUGGAGCCGCCCCAGCAGAACGGCCGCUACGAGGCCAUCGACUGGACCGCGGAGCGGGGCUAUGCCAAGAAGCUGCCCGAGUUCUACUACCCCCGAACCUCGGGCGGCACCGGGAUACGCAUGGGGCUCACCGUGGUGCUGAAUGCCUCGGUGGCGGAGUACUACUGCACCAAGUCCAUGAGCGUGGGCUUCAAGGUGCUCGUCCACAAUCCCGCCGAGCUGCCGAAGGUCAGCAACUACGGCCUCAUAGUGACGGCGGGCAGGGAGGCGAGGAUACCCAUCGAGCCCGUGUACGAGGACGCCCUGCCCUCGAUUCGGUCCAUCAAGAAGUCGGUGAGGCGCUGCCUCUUCUCGGACGAGAACGAUCUGGCAUACUACCGCACCUACUCGCGCAAGAACUGCGAGCUGGAGUGCGAGGCCAAGCUGCUGCUCCGCGAGUGCAACUGCGUCCUCUACUACCUGCCGCGGAUCGACCCGGCCUCCCGGGUCUGCGGGCCGAACGACAACAUCUGCACGAAUCGCGUCCAGACGGAGAUCGAGUCCUCGCUGACGAACCUCUCCUGCGAGAACUGCUGGCCCGGCUGCUUCGAGCUCACCUACAAGGCCACCCUGUCCACGUCCUCGAUUGUGUCCGAUCCGCGGUUCCAGUCCGGCGAGGACCUGCCCGACUACAUCUUCAAGGGCGAGCACAGCAAUGCCAGCGAGCUCUCCAUUCUGCACUUCUACUACGUGACCAACACCUUUCGCAGCACCACCAAGUCCGAGAUGUUUGGCUUCACGGAGUUCCUCUCUAACACUGGCGGCCUCCUGGGCCUCUUUAUGGGCUUCAGCAUCUUCUCGGUGAUCGAGAUCGUCUACUACAUCACUGUCCGUCCGUACUGCGCCUCGCGAACACUCCACCAACGGCGCCGACGGCGCCUCGAGCAGCUCCGCUGGCUGACCCCCAUUCGGGCUCCGGCCAAGCAGCUCCAACGCAGACUACGGAGACGCCGCCUGCUGCCACCUGCCUACAGCGAGCUCCAGCAGCGCCAGAUGCAGGCGCGCCAGAAGCAUACUCUCUGGCAGACUUUGCGCGUCCGGCCAGCGAACCCCGGGCCGGAGUCGCCUGUCUAUCCCUACCUGGACUAGGAUGGGGAUGGCGUUGAGGUUGAGGUUGAGGGAGGGAAUGUACUAU